CGGUUGGGGUCUUGGGGGGUGGGCGGUUUAAACCGGCCCCUUCGGGGUGGUGGGGGCGAGAAAAACCGUAACCGUAAAUGGAGGGGGGUUUGGAAGGAGAGCGAUGAGGUGGAUAGUUGAGAAGGCUUGGAAUUGGAUACACUUUCCAAAUUGAUUUGAGAAUGGCUACGAGUCAUCACGUGAACCGCCUCUUCAGUGAAGUGACCUGCUCCAUCUGCCUGGAUUUCUUCCAGGAGCCGGUGGCACUGGAAUGUGAACAUAAUUUCUGCCGUCUCUGUAUCUCCCGGAGUUGGGAGCAGGGUGAUGCUUUCUACUCCUGCCCUGAGUGCAGGGAGGAGUUCCGUGAGAAGAAACUUAGGCCAAACCGCAUGCUGGCCAAUAUUGUGGAGGGGGUGAGGGAGCUGAACCUUCAGCCUCACCAAGGUCACCCUACCUUCUACUGCCAGCAGCAUGAGGAGCGCCGCAAGCUUUUCUGCCAGGACUGCCAAGCAGCUAUCUGUGUGGUGUGUUCCUGUGCAAAAGAGCACCGGGGCCACAGCUUCAUCCCUGUCGAGGAGGCUGCUGUCCUGUACAAGGAAAAAUUGGAAGAGGCUAUCAACUCCCUCCAGUCCCAAAAGGAAAAGGCCUGUCAAAGCCAAAGCCAGGAAGAGGCAAAGAUUUGUAAAGUAAAGGAGCAAGGCAAACUGCUGAAGGAGCAGGUUGAAGCCGAUCUGGUCACCAUCUAUCAAUUUCUGGACACAAAGAAACAAGAGCUGGAAACAAAGAUUGAGCAACAAGUGUGCCAAACCAUUGAACCCUUACAAGAAAAUGUGGAGAAGAUCCACCAGGAAAUGUCCUCGAUUGAACAAACUAUCCUGGAUGUAAAGUUGCAACUGAGUUUCAAAGAGCCUCUGGAGCUUCUUCAGGAUAUCAAACUGCUGCUGGACAGGUGUAAACAGGAGCAUGUCAAACCAGUAGACGGACCCGUUGAGUUGCGUACCAACUCUAUCAUCACACCUUUCCGCUACGUUAAAAUCUGGGAUAAACUUAAAGCAUUAAUACCAGCCAGAGAAUUUCUGAAACUGGAUCCUAAGACAGCACAUCCACGACUUAUUCUGUCCGAGGACCUCAUCAGUGUGAUCGAUGGUGAGAAACGUCGGGACUCUGCAUUCAUGCCCCAUCGUUUUAACCACUGGCUCUGUGUUCUAGCCAACACUGGCUUCCUGUCAGGGCAACAUUACUGGGAUGUAAUGCUGGGCAACAAUACCGCUUGUGUCAUUGGGGUUGUCAGCGAAUCUGCUGAUCGGUCAAUAACUAAACAGCUGACACCACAAGAUGGCUACUGGGUGAUUGAAAUGGUCAAUGGGAGCCUGGUCAAUGCCAUUGGCCCUGGUGCCAAGAUCCUCCCUCUACGACGCAAGCCCCGUAUCAUCCGUGUCUACCUGAAUUAUGAGGAGGGGCAGCUGUCUUUCUAUGAUGCUGAAGACCUCUGUCCUAUCUACACCGUACGGGACAAGUUCACAGCAAAACUCUAUCCCCUCUUCAACCCUCACCACCGUAAGGAAGGGAAUUUGGAGUCACUGAGUAUAUGUAAUGAGACGGAGUGCUAAGAUUCAUUUGUUCCCAGCAGGGUGGGAUUUUGACAUUGUGACAGCCUUUCUUGAAGGGAAGUCUGUUGAUGUUUAGAACGGCUGUAAGGCAAAUAAAUGAACUCCUCUUGGCAUUUUUCGUCUUGUCGUUGUUGCCAGCCAUUAAGUGUUAAAGUUGCUGGUUGGAAUUAAACGGAUCCUGACAAACUGGCUGGGAAUUUUCACACUGGUGCUCCAGAUUCCUAGGAGGAACUUAUAUUUGUCAAAUCUGCAUUUUCCAUCUGUUACCUUUCCAUGGUUGACUUUAAAUGUUACAAUAUUGCUGGUUGAGGCAGAAGGAAGAGGGACUGCUGAAUUCUACAUGGGAACCAGUAGCACAAGCAAGAAAUCCCAAUCAUCAUGAAACACGGCAGAUAAACAGAAUAAAUUCCCCUUGCAUAGCAAUUCGGUGGAUCCAUAAAUCACACCAGCUCUGGAGUCCAGUCUACAUGUGGAAUCCAGCAUUGGUGCCACUUUACUGUCAUUGGCACUUGUUUCUAUAGCAAACACACCAGUACAAGGGUUAUCCCUCCCAAUUUAUCCUCCCUGCAAUUCCAUGUGUGGAUUAUAUCAAUUGGAAACUGGAAUAGGCCUUUUGGACGUACGGGCAUGGUCUGCCAUUCAAUAAGGUCAGUUAUUGGUUCCUGAGUCUCUGUCCUGUGACUGUUCCUGGUUCUGAGGCAAGUCCUUGUAAUAAUAGGACUUUAUUACAAGCAGGUCAGGUUAUGGCCUCAAUUUCACAGUGAAUAUUGACAGUUGUUUAUGAAAAUAAUUAUUGUAGUACUGGAUAUAAAAAGGCACAAGGCAUCAUAUCAUGAAAGGAUGAAAUGGCCAAACUUCUCUUACCAGUGUUUUAUCAAUGUAAAAUAGUUCAAUGGCCACACCACGUUGAUGCUGGAAGGAACAAACUGAGGCAACAUAUUGAAGAUUGUGACGUAAGGAAAAACUUCAAAUGCAUUAUGAGUAAAGGCACAAUUCAACCUGGAGUUUAAUAAAUGCAUUCUAAAUGUUU